UGACCAAUGAAACGCGAGCACGUCAAAAGUACCAGGCUUUUCGUCCGCCCCAAAUUUACACGGCAACAAGGACGGGGAAAAAUUUGUUUUCCUUGCAAUUUUCUCGCGAUUAAAAACAAGAAAGAAGUGAAUUUUGUUCGGGUUAUCAUGGAAAGUUUGACGAAAAACAGGGGUUUUAACUUGGCCGCUUUGACAGACUUCUCGAAGCUAGACACUCCAACGAAGAAACAUUUGAAGAAUGUCUAUUCUGCGCUUGCGAUGUCAAUGUUUGCAGCAGCUGCAGGUGGAGCCAUCCAUAUGUUCACUCAUUUUUUGAAGGGUGGCAUUCUCUCGGCCUUGGGCGGUUUUGGACUUCUGUUGCUAUUAAGGUUUACACCAAACGAUGGCAAAAAUCAGUUGAAAAGAUUCGGCUACUUGAUGGGUUUCGCUUUCUGUACAGGUCUUGGUUUGGGUCCCAUCAUGGAAAGAGUCACCCAAAUUGACCCCAGCAUUGUACCUACAGCAUUCUUCCUAACAUCAUUGAUCUUUGUGUGCUUCACAUUGAGCGCUUUAUGGGCUGAGGAACGUAGCUAUCUUUACUUGGGAGGUUUGCUUGGAUCGGGAAUGAUGAUCUUAAUGGUCAGCUCUUUGAUCAACAUCUUUAUGAGAUCCUAUGUCCUAUAUCAGGUUCAUCUUUAUCUCGGUCUGGUCGUCUUCAGUGCCUUUAUUUUAUAUGACACCCAACUGAUUGUGGAGAAAUUCCGCCAUGGUGACAAAGAUUAUGUAUGGCAAUGUGUUGAUUUGUUUAUUGACUUUAUUGCUGUCUUCCGUCGCAUCAUGGUCAUACUUGCUCAAAACAAGGAGGAUAAAAGAAAGAAGUGAAUUUCUAAAAUGAGUUGUAAACACUUUUCUUCAAAGUCAAUCAUCUUAAGUAAAGCAACAUUCCAAACUCAACGUAAUUAUCAUAUAUUGGUUUGUGUCUAAGCUGUAGUUCAUUGUUUGUUACUAAACGUAUUGCCUUGCAUUCAUAGCUUGUAUAGUAUGGCAUUUAUAGUCAAUAAAAGUUAAAGUUUA